UUGAGCUUUAUACUCUUAUCAAAGCCAAGUAGUAAUUUUCGUAAAAAAUUGAGCUAAAAUUUACGUUUUCGUUUUUCGAAAGUGUACUUAAAAUACUCAUUCAAGAGUGAACUUUUCUCGAAUAAGAGUCAGUGUUUGGAAAUUUGUUAGCUUAUUUUGUAUCAAAUGUACAUUUUGGGAUGUUUCAGUUUUCAACGGUCUUACAUAUCUGCAUUGGAAACCUGUAAAAUAUAGGAGGACCUAAGUGGAUCACAACAUGUCUGAAGCAAAUUUAUCACAAAUAAUAAAAAGAGAACCAGUUGAAGAGAGUGCAGAGCAUUCAACAACAAUCAAGUUGGAAAAAGAAUUUCCGGAAAAUCCUCAAGUCAUUAAACCAACGACAACAACUUCCUUAUGCUUCAUGAAUGCGGACCAUACCAAGGUCAUUUUAGUCCCAGUAGUGGCCAUUCGUCGUCCCAAACAGGAACCGGAAAAAAUCGAAGUCACACAGUUUUCCAGCGAAACGAUAGUGAAAGAGGAGCUCAUUAUCGAGGACAUAAACGAAUCAGAAGACGCAUCGGAUGACUCGAGGAUUACUGAUGGGAGCAAAGAUCUGUUUUGUCAAGAAUGCGACAAAACCUUCAACUGCAGACGAUCGUACAACACCCACCGAUUGAGACACUCCAAUAUCAAAAACAUUAAGUACCCGUGCAGUUACUGUGAAAGACCCUUUGCCACGCGGCGCGAUCUCACUCGACACGUGCACAGAGUGCAUUUUCAGAGCAGCGCGCGGUCAGCCGUGGCCAACCGGAUCCGGAAAUGUCCGCUAUGUCCCACGUUGAGUGACACCAACGACAGCUACCGAAGCCAUCUGCUGACUCACGAGCGGCAGCUGCAGAGCAUGAUCCGUUGUGAAUAUUGCAGCAUGUGUUUCUUCGAGCAGGAUUCACUGCGGCAGCACGUUACGCUUGAGCAGUGCGAAAAGUUGCCCAAAUAUGACGUUGUGGAGGAGAAUGGUAUGUUUAAAUGCGGCGAGUGUAAUCAAGCGUUUUUACUGCGGCGAUUAUGCCAGCAGCACAUUAAGAGACAUUCGGCAAUUCGAAACAAAACGUUCGAAUGUGAUACCUGUGGAAAGCUGUACGGAACCAACUCGGAACUGCUGAGACACGCACGAUCCCAUGGUGGCGAGCCAACUGCAGGCAAACCGAAGCCAGUCACUCCCAGCGAAGCGGAAACAACCAACCUUUACCGGUGUUCCGAGUGCCCGAAGACGUUUCUGGACUUGGCCGGGUGUGAGCGGCACAUCCGGAGGCAUGAAAACGUAAGAAAUGGAACGUUCCAGUGUGGCGAGUGCGGCAAGUGUUACGGAAGGGACACGGAACUUCGCAAACAUAUACUGGCCCAUAGAAAAAAGCAGACAUAAAAUUCAGCCAGUUCCUUUUUUUUUAAAUAUGUCACUGCGCAAUUAUGGCUGCCAUAACAGUUCUGAUUGAUUAUCUAUAACUGAGUGAAAUCAUGAUAAAUAAUGAGUUUAAAUAAAUGUGUUUUUUUUCACAAAUAAUUCGGGCAAAAA